GCCAAGGCUCUUACUAUCUCUCUCUCCAUUCGCAUCAACUCGCGAGUGACUGGGACGCGCUUUCACCUUUCCCUCUUCCUUUUUGAUCCUUCCAUCCUUCCUUCUAGAGAAAGAAAGAAGAGAGAGACGGAGAGAGCACUGAGCGAGCGCUCCUGUUUGGCAACGACGCGACGGCCAUUCCACCUCUGUUUACCGCUCUAACACGGGGAGGGGCGUCCAGAUGUCUUUGCAUAUUGGCAAUCUAUCAGCUCACACUCGCGGAGAUGAUCUUAAACAUGUCUUUUGGAGGUUUGGACGAUGUAACUUGCGGCUGAAGGACAGAUAUGGGUUUGUUGAAUAUGAUUUUGUGCAAGAUGCUAAGAAAGCUUUGAGAGCAUUACAGGGUAGGAAGAUCUGUGGGGAGCACUUAACACUAACAUGGUCAAGAAAACAGCCUAAACCUUUUCACGGAAAUCCAAGAGGUGUGAGCUCCUAUGAGCUACAACAUGAGGGAAGAAUGAAUGAAAAUGAUUGGCAAGAUUACGAAUUGGAUAAUGAGCAACCAGAUAGUGAUGGUAGAAGGUUUAAUUCUGUGAACAUGCGCGAUGAUGACAGAGGUGAUCAUCGAGGAGAUAUUCAAGAUUAUAAUGGAGAUCGUCAUGAUUUUAGGGAAGGUCUUCCAGAUGAUAUUGGUAGAGCUGUGCCCAAGCUGGUGGACACUGGCAGGUGGGGUGAACAAGUUCAUGACCCAUCAAACGCCAAUGGGGUGGAAUUUGACCGAUAUGAACCUCACCAAGAUCACGAUAGGAAAUAUGAAGAUGAAAACUGUCGGAUGGCAUAUUCUGGUGGUGGUUUUGCUCCACGAAGUUCCCAAGAGAAUGUGAGGAUAAAGCGAAUGAAUUGUACUACUUUGAACCAUUCCAGUGAUAUGCGGAGUACUUGCUUUAGUUGUGGGGCAUCAGGUCACAAGAUCCGAAAUUGUCCCAGGAAAUAUUCUUCUGGAAGAAAGCUCACAAAGUUUGAUAAUAGGCAAGAUGAUGCCGCAUAUGAAAGAAGUAGAGGUGAAGCUGAGCUAGAAAGGAUGGGAUCUAGGUCCGUGGGAGAAAUGCAGUUGACUGAGGGUACUGCAUCAAGGCACAUGAAUGGUGGAAUGGCAAGUGGUUCAGGAAAGCAUAAAAUGGUGACAGACAAUGUGAGCUCCCCUACGGGAAAUGAAAACAACAUUACAGAAAUAAAGGACCAUGAAGGAAAGAAGAGAAGUAGAAGGGAAGGUGAAUCGCCAAAAGGGCAUGGUGGUAAGAAAGCAAGGAGGUCAGUUUCAUCAUCACCUCAUUCUCGUUAUGCUGCGUCCAGACUCAGAUCAUGCUCAACUUCUCAAUCGUCAAAGUCUGUGACAAGGUCUGGUUCCCAAUCUAGGUCAAACUCAGCAUCUAGGGGAGAACACCACUCUGUAUCUUAUGAUUCAAGACUCCUUUCAACAUCAAAAAGUUCAAAGUCUAGGUCAAGGUCAAGCUCCUCUAUAUCCUUGUCUGUAUCGCUUAGUCCGUCACCAUUCUCUUCAAAUAAGGCGCAUACAAAUAUUAAAGCCUCUGCUGGUACUCCCAAAUCCAAGGAGAUUCAGGUUAAACAGAGACAGCCAGUAGAAGGCGAUGCCUGCAUCGAGAAGGCUGAUGAUGAAAAUACAAUGGAUGCGAUAAAGAGCAGUCAUGCAGUAUCAAGUUUUGAAGCAGAAGUUGACACGAAAAAUGACCAUCCUUUGCAGAUGAAUGGUGAUGGGGAAAACCAUACUAUGUCCAGGUCAAUCCAUGAAGUAACAAAUCCGGGCACACCUCUGCCAGAGAUAGGCUCUCAUACUACUGGGAGUUUGUCCCCGGAGGGUUUGAGUGAUGUUCAGGAUCGUCAAAACUCUAAUGCACUGAUGAUUGGACAUGUACCAUCUCAAUCAAAGGAGCCAGCUUCAGAAACCCCCAUCUACCGCACCACCGGUCGUUCAACAAGCAUAUCCUCAGAUGAGUUGUGUACGGUUUUGAAGCACUAUGGCCUGGAACUUCCAGAAGAAAGUGAAAGGCAUUUACCCAUGGAGGGCUACUUUGGUUCUGCUCGCUUGUGGCCAUGGGAGGUUAUUAAUUACAGGAGGGUGAAAAAAGGCCUAAUUUCUGUUGAGAAUUAUGCCAGGCGAGUUGCUCAGAACCAAGAAUUUGGCAUCGUUGAUAAGUACAUCCGAAGCAGCAGUGGGUGGGGAGAAAUUGGGGUCGACAACCCUUGAAAGGUUUUUUCUACAUUAACGUGCCGAGUUUUUGUUCACCUAGUUAUCGAAUCGUAUUUGGCCUUAGGUAAUUUGAAUCGCAAGCAGUAGCUCUAGUGGGUGUUGGAAGAAGUUUUGAACAGGUAAUUCUGAUGAUAUGUAAUAGUCCUCUAUGCUGACUAGGAGAAGUCACUAUCACUUACAUUGUAGCCUUCUUCCUCAAACAUUGUGUAUAAUGCUGGUUGAAAGUGAAAGUUUCAGUAGUAGGGCAGAUUUUGGAAUGACACAAGUUUGGAAUUUCGUCCUCCCUUAUUUUUGUGUUUGGAUGAAUUCCGAUUUGGUUUCCUUUCUCGCUCAUAUGUUGCUUUUGGUUUGGGAUGGUUCUCUUUUUGUUUGACACUACGUUUUUGUUUAUGUGUUUCGGUGAUUGGAUUCUGGUGCUGUAACUCCUUUGCAUUGUUAUAAAGUUGCAUAAUGGACUCAAGUCUCAGGUAUAUAAA